AUGGGGAAUAUAAACGAACCGGAGAGUAGGGAACCAAUCGAACCAAUAAUCGAACCAACUAUCGAAGAACUUUUCUACAAAUCGGAAUUUCAUCGAGGAGAACAAUUGGAACAACGUCUUCAACAACUCACGGAUUCUGGAGAAACCGAUGGAUUCUAUGGGAGAGAAUUCAUGGUGGCGAGUCGAGAGAUUCAAAAGAUUUUCAAGAGGGAUCCAUGUCCAUUGACUCCAGAAGUGAUCAAAAAAUUGGGAUUAAACCUCUAUGGUGAGAAGAAACCGACAAUUCAAUACACUCGUUUUUAUCUCAAAAAGAGAAAGAUUAUUAAAUCUGGUCAACAGGGAAAGCAGACAACGCAGAAAGAUGAUAAUAUUGGUGAUGAAACGAUCCAGCUACCGCCUUCAUCUCGAAACGCAUGGAAACCAUCUCGGCAGAAAAUGCUUGAGAGUGUUUCGGAUGAGGAAGCAACUUUGAGAGAUACAUGUCAGAACGUGCGAGCACUUCUCAACAAAGUGACACCAACUACCAAACGAUUGUUCAUCGAUGAAUUCCUAUCCUACGAUAUCUCUUCCAAAAACAAAUUGCUGACUGAAGUUGUCGAAAUUGUUUUGAAAAAAGCGUUUGCCGAUCCAAUUUAUUGUGAUCUUUAUGUACAAAUUUGUCAAGCAAAGGCGGCUCAGGAGAUGUUAUUAACCAAGAAAUCACUUUUGAAGGAUAGUAUUUUAACCCGAAUCGAAGAGAAUUUCCAUGCGAAAAAAGUGGAUCCAAAAAUAAUUUCGAGCAUCAACAGAGAGCCAGAUUUGGAAAAACGGGAGAAAAUGAAACUAGUUGAAAAUCAAAAGUUCAAAGAGAAACGAUUCGGAUUGAUGACUUGUAUAGGGUAUCUCUAUUUCUACUAUCUGUUGGACAAACUACAAGUUCGAGUGUAUAUCCGUGAAACGCUGAAAUCAAUUGCACCGAGAAGACUGAAUGAGAACCAACGGAGAGGGAUAAUAAAGGGAAAUGUCAAUCAGCAAGAAGUUUUUUACGGACUACAUCUGUUGGAAUUUGUCGGAAAGCGUCUAGAUUCCGACUACAAACACGUAUUCUUGACGGAUUUGUUCAAACAAAUUAAGAAAGAAGAGCACGUUUUAUCGAGUAAGAAUCUAUUCAAAUUCAUGAAAUUAGUGGAUUUGAGAGAAGAUAAUUGGAAACAACGAGGACUUUACCGUUUGAGACCAAGAACUAUUGAAGAUAUUCGAAAGGAAGUGGAGAGAAAAACACAUAAAAAGAAGCAGAAGAAGGAGGAAAAAUAG